AUGAGAAUCCGAGACAAGCUUACCCACAAUGGUGAUCAUUUCCCCACCGAUGCUUUCAAAAUUGCCUACGUUGUAGCGAGACUUGGAGGGGAAGCCAGUCAGCACGUGUCUACCAGACGACGAUAUCGCUCGUACUCUACAGUCGAUGAUCUUCUAGAUCAUUUAUGCAACGUGUAUGAGGUACCCUUAUCCGUUCUUAAGGAAACCUAUCAACAUGCUUACGACAAAAUAAGCCAAGGAAGUCAACCAUUUCUCAAAUUCUACGGUGAUCUCAUCAAAUAUACCGAAUGUGAUUUCAGGAAUGAUAGUCUUAACGAUCUCAGGAAUAACAGUCUGAUAAACGACAUACGGAAGAAAUCGGAACUCCGUUUAUGUGACUCAAUUGGUCUAUUGGCAAGGGAUUGGACUGUGCCUCAGUUAAAGGAACGUAUUAUGAAAAUGCAGCUUGAAUAUCAACAAUCUGCUGAGGGAUUCGCCGAAAAGAAGGCCAAAAGAUUCGCGGAGCAAUACGCAAAAGCAAAGGCCGAGGCUGACGCAAAGAAGGGUAAAUACUCGAUCAUGACUCGCCCUACUUUCAAUACAGAGGGUUUAAGUCUUGCUGAGGCAGAGGACCUUGCGGAUGAGAAUUGGGCUUAUGCACAAAAGCAUGGCAAAUACUUCGAACCCGGUAUGGAUUUCGACGAAGCAUACGAGCUUAGUUGCCAGGGCUUCCUAUGA